GCCCCGGCUGCUCCAAAUCUGGCUCGAAGCGGCGAGGAAGCAAGCACCGCCGCAGUCGCAGUGCCCCGUCUCUGCUAAGCCUAAGUCGUGCGGCCGUCCCCGUGGCCAAAGCGCAGGACAACACCGGCGCUGCUGCGCGCGAACAGGCCGGCUUCGUCGGCGUGCUGUGGGCUUUGUCGAAUGUGCUGGAUUGCCUCGGAUCACUCGAAAGGAGCGCAAGAUAGGCACUGAAAAUGUCGUACUCAAGGUCAUCGUACUCAAGAACAUCUAAAUACAGCGAAGGGCUUUCGGACGAGAGAUCCAGCCGGACCUCCGCCCGCAGCUCGUCGCUGUUGGACUCGGACAUCAGCAGCAGCAUGUCUUCGACGCGGCGCAUGAUGCGCACCACGUCGUACGGUGACGAGGGCGGCGGCAGCUACUCGUCCUCCACGGUGCGACGGAGCUCGCGCCUCUCGGCGCUGGACGACGACGACAUCGGUUCGAGCACGAGGAUGCAGAGCAGCAGCAUGCGCACUUCGAGGCUGAGCUCCCGAAACGACGACGACUUUGGAUCCUCCGCGAUCACUCGAAGGGCCCUGGCCAUAUCGAGCGGCGACUCAUUCGAGAGCAGCCGCAAAUCUUCGCUCACGUCGAGCAUCCUCGGCGAGUCCGUCGACAGCUCGGCGUCCCGGGCGCUGCGGCGCCUCAGCAAGGACGACGAUAAAGAGAGCUUCGCCAGCAAGCGCUCCAAGCUCACGUCCAAGUCCUCCUUCGACGUCGACGAAUCGAGCGCAUCCGUGCGCUACAGCAGCACCAAAAUCAGCAGCACCAUCGAGUCGAGCGACCUCGGGAGCGCCAGCUACUCGGCCAGCAAGACCAGCUACAGCUACAAGGACUCGGCAGGCUCGGCCACGGAACCAGAAGCUGGGGUAAUUGGUGGAAUCUACGAGGCCAUCCUCGACUACAAGCCCCUGUCAAGCGACGACGAAGGGCUGCCGCUAAAAGAAGGACAAGAAGUGGAAGUAAUAGACACCUCAAAACCUCGAAAAUGGCGCGUACGGACCAGAUCGAGUCGAACAGGAAUCUCUCAAGAAGGCUGGGUCCCCUGCUGUUACCUGGAGAAAAAAGAAGGCGCUGUGGUCGAAGAACAUGUUGCUCCUAAAGAUCGCGAGUCGUACGCCAAGAGAGAGGCGGUUGUGAAGGAACUGGUUGAAACCGAGGAAGAUUUCUCGAGAGACAUGCAGCGUGUUGUAAAUAAUUAUUUGAAAGAAAUGGAAAACCCAGCCAUGCCAAAAGAGCUGAGGGACCAGAAGGACGUCCUGUUCAGCAACUUCAAGGACAUCUGUGACUUCCAUAACACGGAACUGAUAAAAGGCGUGCAAUUCAAUGCAAGCGAGCCUGCCAAACUUGGCGUUACGUUUCUGAGGCUGGAGCGCGACUUCGACAAGCACGUCAAGUAUUGCGAAGAUUUCCCGCGUGCGCAAGAGUUGCUGGCGUCUGGACCUCUUAAAGAGUACUUCGAUGAUUUCAGUGCCAAAAUAAACGAUGAUAAGACUCUAUCCGAUCAUUUAAAGCUCCCUAUCCAGCGCAUCAAUGACUAUCAGCUGCUGCUAAAGGAACUCAUCAAGUACACAGCACGCCUGCACGAAGACUUCUCGGAUCUCCAGAGGGCGCUAGAUUUUAUGCAGGCGAUUCCUCAGCGGGCUUCAGAUCUUCAAUACAUAAACGCUAUAGAAGGAUAUCAUGGGAACAUCCACAACUGGGGCCGAGUCAUCAAGCACGGCUGGUUUGAUGUUACCGACGCAAAAAACCGUGAACAGCUACGUUAUCUCUUCCUCUUCAAAGGAAGGUUGUGCAUAACUGAGGUGAAGAAAAUUAGAGCCAACCGAAAUAUCUACCUCGUCAAGAAUGUGAUCAAGACUACAGAGUCAGAAAUAGUUGAUGACGGCGAAGAUGACACAACGCUCAAGGUUAUUCAAAAAGACUCUUCUGGUCAGGAUGUGCCAAUCACUCUCCGAGCGAAAGACAUCGAACAGAAAAAGGAAUGGGCUCGGGAGUUGGAAGCUUCGAGGGUUUCAAGCGAAGUUAUCGAAGAAAUGCAAGUGGAUGACACGUCCGAACACCAGCAGGAAAAGAGCAGCUACAGCCGCACGACGUCGCUUUCCGAGUCCACAGCGGUACCCGUGAGCCCAGAACCCGCAUCGUCUUCUAUGCCUCGGGUUGAGCUCUUCGAAGCCAGCAAAGAAGCUACGAGUGCUGCCACUCAAAGCAUCCGAUCCGGCUCGGUCACCUCGAUAGACGAAAUUCAAUCUCUGAAUUCUUUUGCUGAAGACGAAUCUGUUUAUUUAACAGCAUCCAAGAAGGAUGCCACAGGGAAGCCACAGUUCCGCAAGGCUCUUCGCGGCCUCACCUGCUCACAGAAUGACAACACCUUUUUGGAGUGUGAGGUGUCCUCCCCAGAAAAACCUACGAUACAUUGGCUUAAAGACAACAUUCCUCUGAAAAGGUCGGCGCGCGUUCAGACGAGUGAAGAAGAGGGGAAGUGCAAGCUUCACAUCAACGACGCCUCAUCCGAAGACUCUGGAAUGUACACCAUCAUUGCGUCGAACUCUGAAGGUACAACUUCAUGCAGCGCGCCGCUCUACGUUAAACCAGCUCUUAGCGUUUCAAAGCCAGACUCGAGGCCAACGAGCCCGGGUGGGACCAUACUUCCCCACGCUCCUGUGUUUAAAGUAAGGAUGAAGGACACGGAGCUGUUGGAAGGCACGUCAGUUCGCUUUGAGCUCGUCGUUCGUGGCUGCCCAGAACCCGAAGUAACAGUCUACAAGGAUGGGAAGAAGCUGCAAGAAGACGACCGCGUUAGAGUCAUAUUUGAAAGCAAGGAGGUGUUCGAGCUCGUCAUCGACCAUAUUUCCUUUGAGGACAUGGGAAAGUAUACGUGCGUGGCGGUGAACUCCGAAGGCAAAGAUGAGUCGUCAGGAAGGAUCACGGUUACAAAGGACAAGAUAUUAUUCCAAGGGCUAAGAGCAGAUGAUAGCGCUGCUGAAGGAUCAGGUCCCUUAACACCUCCACCGAAGUCACCCCUGUUUAGAUGGUUCAAGGAUGGUCAAGAAUUUGAAGCCAGUGAACGGUUUCAAGUCACAUUUGAUGAUAUCGAGGACACGCUAUCCUUGGUCUUUCAACAUGUCACGCCAGAUGAUGCUGGUCUCUACACGUGCGUUGCCAGCACAUCGAGUGGGAAAAUUUCCUGUAGUGCCGAACUAACUGUUCAAGGUGCUGUAAUUAAAAAGGCUCCAGAGGCUCCGACAAUAACUGCUAGUCUAUCAGAUGUCGAAGUAAAUGAAGGUGCCUCUGCAAUGCUCGAGCUCAAAGUGAAAGGAUAUCCGAGGCCGAAAGUAACGUGGAAGCACGAAGGAAAAGUGAUUGAAGCAGGCGGUCGGUACCGAUUUUUGUUCGAGGAUGAAGAGUCGAUGACUUUGGUCAUUAAGAACACUAAGAAAUCUGACGCUGGUACAUACAGCGUUGUGGCUGAGAAUGAAUCCGGGACUGCCAACACUGAUUGCAGACUGACUGUCAAUUCGACUCCAACUUUUAAAAAGGAACUGAAAGACGUUUCUGUGAUGACCGAUGAUGUGCUGAAGCUUGACGUCGAAGUUCAAGGAACUCCGGCGCCUGACGUCAAAUGGUACAAGGACGGGCAAGCGGUAGUAGAGGACGACCGUGUGAAGAUUACGCAGCCAGGGGAAGAUAAGCAUGCGCUUAUCAUUGAACACGCCAAGGUGGAGGAUUCGGGAAAUUACUCCUGCGUCAUUAGCAACACUAUGGGAACGCAAACUGGAUUCUCAGCGGUUUCUGUGAACGCGCCACCGAAGUUUCUGCAGAAACUGAAAGACUAUGAGGCAUCUGAAACUGAAAAUGUGACCUUCCGUGUGAAGAUAUCCGGAAACCCUAAGCCGAACGUGUGCUGGAAAAAAGAUGGUAAGCCCUUAAAGCCAGACGGACACAGGUACCAGGCGCUGGAGGAAACGGAAAACGUCCACUGUCUGAUCAUCGAUGACGUGCACAAAGAGGAUGCAGCGCAGUACACUGUCGAAAUAGCCAAUGAGUAUGGAGUGGAAACUGACAGUGCAGCUCUGACGAUCACAUGCAAGCCAAAAUUCAAGAAGCCAUUGUCUGACGUGGAAUGCUGCGAAGGGGAGACGAACAUAAAAAUUACAGUGGAAGUAGAAGGUGCGCCCGCGCCAAAGGUGAAAUGGUCUCUCAACGACUCCCUCAUAGUCGAAGACAAGUCCUUCAAGUUUGAAUCCGUCGAGGAAAGCGGCAAGUACACACUGGUGAUCAAGGAAGCCAAAGCGGACAUGACUGGCGAAAUGGUUUGCGAGGCUGAGAAUGUAAAGGGCAAGGACAAGUGCUCUGGAAAUUUCACUGUUAAAUCGAAGCCAAAGAUUCUGAAAGGAUUAGACGACAUCGAUGUCGAAGUUGGCCAAUCCGCUACAUUUAGCGUCAAGGUUGCAAACGCGAAGGACGCCAAGGUGAAAUGGUUGAAGGACGACUGCGAAGUGACCAUCGAUAACAAGAAUGUGUACGCAAAAGAAGAAGCGGACGCUACGUUCACGUUGGUUAUCAAUUCUGUCACGCCGGAAGAUGCGGGAAAAUACACAUUUAAGAUCAAAAAUGAACUCGGAGAAGAUUCAAGCACAGGACACCUCAGCACACAAAAGAAGCCGGAAUUUAGGAAGAAGCUACAAGAUCAAGAAAUUUCAGAAGAAGACGUGGCAGAAUUUACAGUCGAAGUCGUUGGCCAACCCAAGCCAAAUGUGAAAUGGCUGCACGGAAAGCGUGAGAUCAAGGAAAAUGACGUCUACCAGAUCACGUCAGACGGAGACACGUACACGCUCAAGGUGAAAAAGCCGAACAAGGAGCUUGCCGGAGAGUACACCUGUGAAGCCCAGAACACAUGCGGCAAGGAAUCCUGCGCUGCGAGUCUCACCAUUCACAGCAAGCCAGAAAUAAUCGAAGGUCUAAAGGAUAUAGAAGGAGAAGUUGGUGACGCCGCUUUCUUCACAGUGAAGAUUGCAGGAUCUCCAACUCCAACAGUUGUCUGGAAAAAAGAUGAUGAAGAAAUUACCGUGGAGGCCACAAUUAAGGAGAUUCCUCAAGGAAAAUCUUACAAGGUGGAGUUCGACGAACUAACGCUCCAGCUGGCUGGAAACUACGAAUGUGUUGCUACCAACAAGUACGGCUCGGCGUCCUCCCGUGGAAAGUUGACCGUUCAAAGCAAGCCGAAGUUUGAAAAGAAGCCCGAAAAUCAGUGCGUUUAUUCGGGAGAAGAGUGUGUGUUUGAAGCAAAAGUAUCCGGCUAUCCUACACCCACAGUCACCUGGUCUCGAGAUGGUGAAACCAUAGAAGAAAGCGAGAAGUUCACCAUCACGUCUCACGACGGCACCCAUCGUCUCGUUGUUAAGGACGCCAAGAAAGAUGAUGAGUGUUUCUACACGUGCACUGCAAAGAACAACCUUGGACGGGUAUCGCAACAAGCGGAACUCACUAUCAAACUUCCGGACGAUGCUGAGGCCCCGACGUUCAUUCGGCGAAUGGCGGACACCGUGGCGGUAAUCGGAGACAAGGUUCGCUUCGAGGUCAGAGUAGCAGGAAAGCCAACGCCUAAGGUCACAUGGUACAAAGAUGGAGAAGAAUUACUUGAAAGCAGGCGAGUAGAAAUCAAACAGGAUGGUGAUACCCACACUAUUACGUUGAAAGACCUAACGAUGCGGGAUGAAGCCAAAUAUUCGUGCAAGGCGGUUAACGAAAAGGGCGAGGCAACCGACAAGGCCCAGCUCACUGUGAAAGAACCCGUUGCUCCAGCAAUAAAGGGACUCAAAGACCAAGAAGCUAGCACAGGGUCCACCGUCAAGUUUCAGGCAACUAUUACUGGAAUUCCGGCACCAGACGUUGUUUGGAAGAAGGACGGCAAAGAGCUCUCGCCAUCGCGCAGAAUCACGAUUUCCUCGGACGUGGAAAGCGAGUCGUACAGCCUUGUCAUUCAAGAUGUCGACGAUGAUUUUGGCCAGUACACUUGCAAAGCAUCGAACAGUGCGGGAGAGACUGAAGCCGAUGCUAUGCUGACACUUAAAGGCGAGCCACCGGUGUUCAUCAAGGAGCUUGAAGACGUCCAGGUUAUUAUCAACGAGGAGGCAGUAUUCCACGCGAGAAUUAAAGGAAACCCAACACCAUCAGCAACCUGGCUACUGAACGGAACCAUAUUGAACGAGUCAGAAGAGACUAUAAUUACUCAGCAAGGAGAUUCGUACACCCUGAAGAUAAAGUGCGUAACAUCUCACGAGAUCGGCGAGGUGGUGUGCAAAGCCAAGAAUACUGCUGGACAAGCUUUAUCAAAGGCUAACCUCACGUUGAAAGAAAGUGCUCCUACCGUUGCAAAGAGCUUGCCGUCUAAGGUCCGAGUGGAAGAUGGAGAACCACUUAAAUUGGAGGCCAAAGUUCCGGGACAUCCCGAACCGGAAGUGCAAUGGUUGAAAGAUGGCGAGCCAGUCGUCCCCACAGAUCACAUAAAGCUGACACAAGAGCCAGAUGGCACCGUGGCCCUAGAAGUCGAUGAAGUCAGCCCUGCUGACGCCGGUCAUUAUACCGUCGUGGCAAAUAACGACAAAGGAAAAGCAGCCUCUGAAUCCGACGUGGAAACCAAGCCGAAAGGUGACGACAGCGUGAAGUCUCCUGCUUUCUCGGAGGGUCUCAAGGACGCCACGCUGACUGAAGGUGCACCUGGCCAUUUGGAGGCGAAGCUUGCCAAAGGCAGCGCCCCUUCGGAUGUACAGUGGUUGAAAGACGGCGAGCCGGUCAAGCCAUCCGAUCACAUUAAGAUGGUGGAGAAACCUGACGGGACCAUUGCUCUGGACAUUGACAAAGUCACACCAAGCGACGCUGGUCAUUACAGUGUGCAGGCUGAAAACGACGAGGGCAAAGCUGCAAGCGAUGCCGAUGUCAAAACCAAGCCAUCAGACUUGGAAGGAAAGCCAGUAUUCGAAGAGGGUCUCAAGCCAACCACUCUCACAGAAGGGGAGCCCGGACGACUGGAAGCGAAGAUGCCUGCCGCGGCCGCAGCCCCUGUAGAAUGGACAAAAGAUGGUGAGCCAGUGAAGCCAACAGACCACGUGAAGUUGGUAGAAGAACCCGACGGAACUGUGGCCUUGGAACUGGACGAAGUCAUACCCGAUGAUGCUGGUCAUUACGCGGUUAAAGCUACAAACGACAAAGGCUCAACGUCAUCUGAGGCGGAUGUCAAAACGGAACCGAAGAGCGCAGAGCCGAAGAAACCACGCUUCGAAAAGGAACUGCAGCCUGCUGCGUUGCCUGAAGGCAAACCGGCUCGGCUCGAGGCCAAAGUGGCACCCGACGCCGUGCCACUGAAGGUUGAAUGGCUUAAGGAUGGAAAACCGGUCAAAUUAGAUGACCGCGUACGAGCAGAGCAAAAACCGGAUGGCACCUUGGCGCUCACUAUUGACAAUGUCAAGCCACAAGACGCGGGUCAUUACGCUGUUGUCGCUUCAAACGACGCCGGGAAGACGCCAUCGGAAGCGGACGUUGACACCGUGCCGCCGAAGGCAGCGAAAGAUCGAAAGCCUGUCUUUGAGAAAGGUCUUGAACCUACCGAGCUGGUCGAAGGAAAGCCAGGAAAGCUGGAAGCAAAACUGGCUCCCGGAGACAAGCCGCUAGAUAUCCAAUGGCUCAAGGAUGGCAGGCCCAUACGGCCGAGUGACAGGGUGAGGCCUGAACAAAAGCCCGACGGAACCGUCCGCCUUCACAUCGAUGACGUGAAGCCUGAAGACGCUGGCCGAUAUUCCGUGGUUGCCAAGAACCCCGACGGGGAGACUUCUUCGGAAGCAGAUGUAACAACAAAGCCAGAAAAGCCCGGCGCCAAACAGCAGAAGCCCGCCUUUGAGAAGGAGCUCAAACCUACAACUCUGACUGAAGGAAAACCUGCCAGGCUUGAGGCAAAGCUUGCUCCGGGCAGCAAUCCCACAAGUGUUAAGUGGCUCAAAGACGGCAAGCCCAUCCGCCCAAGCAGCCGGGUGAAGCCGGAGGAGAAGCCUGACGGCACAUUGGCCCUUGUGAUAGAUGAUGUCCGACCGGAAGACGCCGGAAAUUAUUCCGUGGUCGCUGAAAACGACGCCGGAAAAGCGGAAUCCGAGGCUGAUGUCAAGACUGAGCCAGAAAAAUACCGCAAGCAACGGAAACCAGCCUUUGAAAAGGAGCUUGAGCCGGCGACCCUUCCGGAAGGAAAGCCUGCUAGGCUCGAAGCCAAACUGGAGCCUGACAGCAAUCCAACUAGCAUAAAAUGGCUAAAAGACGGCCGUACGCUUCGACCGAGCGACAGAAUCAAGAUGGAAGAAAGGCCUGAUGGCACGCUGGCACUGCUGAUAGAUGAUGUGCAGCCUGAGGACGCCGGAAAGUACGCUGUAGUCGCCGCCAACGACGCGGGUGAAGCAGAAUCGGAGGCAAAAAUAAAAACCGAGCCCGAAAAGUACCGCAAGCAGCGAAAGCCUGCAUUCGAAAAGGAGCUGCAGCCGACGACACUGGCAGAUGGCAAACCAGCGAGGCUCGAGGCGAAGCUUGAACCGGACAGCAACCCAACGAGCAUAAAGUGGCUGAAGGAUGGCAGGCCAAUUCGUCCGAGCGACCGCAUCAGGACCGAGGAGAAGCCUGAUGGCACACUGGCCCUUGUUAUAGACGAGGUCAAACCAGAAGACGCUGGUCACUAUACCGUGGUGGCUGCCAAUGAUGCUGGAGAAGCUGCGUCAGAUGCCGACGUGAAAACCAAGCCUGAAGCACGUGUUCCCGGCGACAAGCCUGAAUUCGUUAUUGAGCUCAAGAACGCUGAUCUUCUGGAAGGACAGCCACUGCAUCUUGUGGGUAAAGUGAAGAGCGACAGUCCAUUCACAGCAGAAUGGCUCAAAGAUGGCGAGAAAUUGGAGCCUUCUUCGAGGGUGGCGUUGUCUCAAGAACCGGACGGCACUGUUCUCUUGUCCAUCGAUCACGCUACACCAGCCGACGCAGGGAAAUACGUUUGCGUGGCCAAAAACCCAGAAGGCAAGGCAGAAAGUACGAGCGCCGUGAAGGUGGCUGAGCUUCCGAAGUACGAGCCCAAGAUCGUAGACGAGCUUAAGCCAGCUGUUUUCACGGAAGGCGAACCUGGAAAAUUGGAAGCCAAGGUGUCCGGAGACCCCAUGCCCGACGUCAAAUGGAUUAAGGACGGCAAGGAGUUGCCUGAUGAUAACCGCAUUCGUUCCACCACCUCACCCGGUGGAGACGUAGCCCUCACGAUCGAUCCUGUGAAGCCGGAGGAUGCCGGAAAGUACGACCUCGUUGCAGCUAAUGACGAAGGCGAAUGCAGAACCUCCGCUCCGGUGUCUGUUAACCACGCGCCAAAAUUCGUCAAGCCUCUGGAGCCCGUCGAAGUGGUGGAGGGCUACCCGGCCAGGCUGGAAACGACCCUCGCUGGUCAGCCUACUCCUGACACAGAAUGGCAGAAGGACGGUAAGCCUUUGAUUCCGGACGGAAAGAAAAUCACGGAGACCAAAACGCCGUCCGGCGACGUAGCCCUCGAUAUUCCCAAGGCAACACCGGAGGACGCCGGCGUUUACACCUGCAAAGCUAAGAACCCCCUGGGAGAACAAGAGACCAAAGCCCCGCUCACUGUUGCAGCAAGCGACAGCGGUGACAAGGCCGAAGAAAAGCCAACCGUUUCCCCUCUCGACGAUGUCGAGGUGAUGGAAAGCGAACCGUUCACUUUGGAAGCUAAGAUCACCGGAAACCCGACACCUGAGGUAGAAUGGUUCUUCGGUGGCAAGCCCAUACCACGCAUCGCAGAACUCGAGACGACAUUUGAUGGUCGCAAGGCAAGGCUUUCUUCGAAACACAGCCUCCCAAGUCAUGCUGGUCGCUACGAGUGCCGAGCAACAAACAGCGCCGGAAAGGCUUCGUCCAAGGCGACAGUUGGCGUCACCGCAAUGAGCAAGCCGUACUUUACGAAGCGCCUGACUGAUACGGAGGCGUCUCCAAGCGAACCCUUGAAAUUGGUGGCCAAGGUCAAGGGUUACCCCGAGCCGGAGAUCACGUGGCGCUACAACGGAAAAGUAAUCGAGCCCAGCAUGAGAUACACCAUGAGCAAAGAGGGCGAGACUUGCACACUGACAAUUCCCUGGCCGGAAAGCAAGGACUGCGGCUUGUACGAAUGCCUGGCGAAAAACCCCGUGGGAGAAGACAAGUGCAGCGCUCGCGUCACAAUCCGAGAAAAGGGAGAGCCACCAUCAUUCGUAAAACGGCUUGAGAACUUGAGAGUGCCUGAAGGUGACACAGCAACUUUCACCGCACGCAUUGCUGGCUCCCCCAUGCCGGAAGUUAAAUGGUUCAAAGACGGCGAAGAACUCGAAAUGACCCGUCGCCACAAGAUGGAGCUGGAACCAAACGGAACGCUGCGCCUGACGAUCCGCGACUGCAAGCCGGAGGACCUAGGCGAAUACCGAGCGUCUAUCUACAAUCCGUACGGAAGUGACACCUGCAUGGCCACCCUGAGGGUCGAGAGUCCAUACGAUGACGGAAAGCGGCGACCAUCAACGGACAAGUACCCAAGCCGCGACAUUCCUGAAAAGUCUGACCUGCGGCGCGGUAGAUCACCCUCCCCACGCCAGUACCCUGAAGUGAACGGCUAUAGGCCGUCACCGCCGCGAGACGAUCGGCGGCGCGAGCCCUACAGCGGCCCCUAUUCGCAUGAACUGCCGCCCUUGUCGCCCCUCCCGUCCCGGGACUUUGACCGGCCCGAUUACGACCCUAAGUCUCGACACCCACCCCACCCGAAAUACGAUGACCUGGACAGGCCGUACGACCGCAUCAAGCGGCCUGACCUUGAACCCGAGCCGUACUACGCAGGCGUUCCAGAUCCGCUCACCGACAAGCCGUACAUCCGGCGCAUGACGGACCGCGACCUAACGCUGGGCUGGAAGCCCUCGCCCCCCAGCAGGUCUCGCAUCCCAGUCUCGUACACGGUGGAGAUGGCGCCGUUGCCGGACGGCAACUGGUCGCCCUACAGAUCAGGCGUGAAGGACACGCAGCUGGAUGUCCGGGGCCUCGAACCAUUCAAGGACUACCGCUUCCGCGUGCGUGUGGGCAACAAACACGGCCUCAGUGAUCCUUCACCCUAUGUGACUGCUCACCGUAGUCGUCUCGGAGGAUCACCGCCUGUUCCUAAAGAAUUCAAGCCAAAGGACUACGAAAUUCCGCACCCUCCACUCGAUAAACCAGGUGAAGCUCCCGUAUUUGUCCGUCAUGAAGAGGAUGUCAUGUAUGGAAUACGUGGACAUCCUGUCAGCAUCGAAUUCUGGGUCUACGGCAACCCUCAGCCCGAUAUCAGCUGGACGUUCAAAGGAACAAAGGUUGAAAUGGGUGGACGAUACAACAGCAUGCAGGACCGCAACGGCCAGGUUACACUGUUCAUUUCUCGCAUGACUGAGGAUAAUGUCGGCCCAUACACCUGCACAGCAGUCAACGAACACGGACAAGCUACGAAAACAAUAUACGUUGAACUCGCAGAGGAGCCAGUCUUCACAAAACGACUGGAACCGACAACCAUAAUGCUGCGACGUGGAGGAGAGCUGCAGUGUCGCGUCAUCGGCAAACCUUACCCCAAGAUUAAGUGGUUCAAAGACUGGCAACCCAUCUGCAACAGUUCUCGUGUCAACAUCAUUUGGGAGGCACCCGACACUUGCACACUGGCACUAAAUAGCUCCAUAGCCCACGACGCUGGCCUCUACUCGUGUUCCGCCUCCAACAUCGCCGGCACGGCCUCGUGCUCAGCUAUGCUGAGUAUUGAAGAGGACGAGUCUGAGUUUGACCUGAGAACGUACCGCCAACCAAAAGUGAUCAGGCCGAAGUCGACUCAUCUGGAAGACUAUUACAAUCUUGGUGAUGAGCUUGGAAGGGGCACACAGGGCGUCACGUACCACGCCGUGGAACGUUCGACAGGCAGAAGCUUUGGCGCAAAGACAAUGCACGGAAGGGGUCAAUUCAAAGACUGGAUGAAAUCCGAGCUGGACAUGAUGAACCAGCUAUGCCACCCUCGACUCCUUCGUCUCUGGGACGCCUUUGAAACGAAGAAUUCCAUGUCACUGAUCACAGACUUCUGUGGUGGAGGCCCACUUCUGGAUAAUAUAAUUAGCCAAGACAGAGUGACGGAACACCAGAUUGCAAAUUACAUCAAGCAGAUCCUGGAAGGCCUCAACUACAUGCACGCGCAAAACAUUGCACACCUUGGACUCACUCUUGGCGAUGCGCUUGUGGCUCGUGAGAACAGCGAUGACAUCAAGAUUGGCGACUUUUCGCUCUCCACGAGGCUUCCAAGAGGAAAAGUGGUCAUUCAGGAGUAUGGACACCCCGAGUUUGUGGCACCGGAGAUCGCCAAUAAGAAACCGGCCAGCCUUGCCUCAGAUAUGUGGAGUGUCGGAGUCAUCUCCUACAUUCUGUUAAGCGGGAUUUCACCGUUCCUUGGACAGAAUGACCGAGAAACUUUGAAGAAUGUCCAGAACGGCAAAAUUAACUUUCUACACGAUGGCUUCGCAAAGGUUUCUGAUGAAGCACGAGACUUCAUCUCUAAGCUCUUAGUAUUCGAACCAAGUGAAAGGAUGGACGUGAGAACAGCUCUUGAGCACCCCUGGCUUAAGAUUACAGAGCGUCCAGACAGAGGUGAGAGCCUCUCCAACAUCGACAGACUCAGAGAGUACCAGAGGCACUGGAGAAGCUGGUACUCCAACGCCUCUUGCCGCAACACUUACCGGAGGAGGCCGAUGGAGUCGUGCUUCACGCAUCCUAGCAAGAUGAUAUACCCGCCCGACGAAGUUUACACGCCUCCAAUGAGUCCCGACCGAGAGAUCACCCGUUCUAAGGUCAAGUCUGCACCCAUCGAAGGCCCCGGAAAAGGACCAAACGACCGCCUGGACAUUGGUUCCGAGAGCAGUUACCAGAGCGGACCGGACACGUACUUGCUUCAACUCCGAGACGUCGACUUCCCCCUGCGAAUUCGCCAAUACUUGAGGGUUGGCGCAUCCCGAAGCCCCAGCCUCGCUGCCAGUCUCCGCGAAAGGCAUUGGGGAGGAUUCGACAUCAACGAGCGCGGUACGAGGAACGUGUACCCACAAGUGGUCGUCCGAGAGCGCAGGAAGUUCGUGGACGUCAUGGACGAGGAGAUCGACGACGAGAAGAAAGGGCUAGGAACGAGGACGCUACCGCUGAGGUUGCAGCGAGAAGUGGGCAGCCUCGGCUACGCCCACCACCAGCUGGAGCACCUCAAGCACGAAGCCUGGAAGGACAAGACGGCCAGGGAGAAGAGCAUAGGAAUGGCACCAUUCUUCAGGGAGAAAAUAGAAGACUGUGUUAUCCAGGAAAAUGAUGAAGUAGUGUUCAAGUGCCUAGCUGUUGGAAACCCAACGCCCCAGUAUACUUGGUUUAGGAACGACAGCAUCUUGAUAGAAAGCAGCAGAGUUCAGAUUACGCAAGACGAAGACGGCAGGUCUGAACUGCGGCUGAAACCUGGAAAAGCGUACGACGUCGGUUUGUUCAAAUGUGCCGCAAGAAACAGUCACGGUGUCACUUUGUGCUACGCUAGGCUAAAGAUCGGCGAGCGCCCUGCCCGGCCUGAGCCGCCCAUCUGUAAACAAUGCUCAUCCCACCAAGCAUACGUUCAGUGGUACAGCCCAAAAUACGACGGCAACUCGCGCAUUUUCUCUUUCUGCUUGGAAUACAGGCAAGCUGGAGGAGAAUGGACGAAGAUUUCCGAUGUGAUAACGCAAGAGUUCUGGGUGAUUUCCGAUCUGACGCCAUCCACGUCAUACACGUUCCGUGUAAGCGCCAAGAACAAAUAUGGGUGGAGCGAGCCCAGCCUUCCGUCCGAGCUUUGUACGACUGAAGCUGACGGAACGACACAAAAGAUCCAGCUCUCUCGCGAGCACAAGCACCAGGAAGAAAUAUUCGAAGGAGAACAUGAGCAAGAGGCCAGAGUUCCGCUCGACUACAGUCAAGAAACAUCGCCAGUGCAACUCGAAUCAGGAGGGCUCAGCGAGUUGUACACGUUCAGUUCAGAGCUCGCCGUUGGAAGGUUCGGUGCUGUCGUCAGCGGUACGUCGAAGAAGCUGGGCAGCAGCCUCGCUUUGAAGGUCGUCUUGACUAACACGGAACCCGAGACGUCGGCGCACCGAGAGUACGAGGUCUUGAAGAGCCUUCGGCACGAGCGGGUCAUCUGCCUCAAGACUGCCAGCGUCCACGACGACGUGGUCGUUCUCGGUUUGGAAAAGCUGUGUGGCAUGGACGUGCUCACCUACCUCUCUAUGCGCCACACGUACAACGAGGACAUGGUUGUACGCAUCAUCAAGCAGGUUUUGGACGGCUUGGAGUACCUCCACUUCCGCAGCAUCUGCUACAUCGAACUUCAACCUGACAACGUGGUGCUGACCGAUGCUCACAGCUGCAACAUAAAGCUGGUAGACUUCGGAUCGGCGAACUUUGUGCCAAGAACCGGAAAAAUUCUUCCCUUGGACACAAGCGCCUGCCUAGAGUAUCUCGCCCCGGAGGUGCUAAAAGGAAACGAGGUUUGCCACGCCACAGACGUCUGGGGAGUCGGCGUCUUGACGUACAUAUUGCUUAGCGGCUACUCUCCAUUCCUCGGAAUCAAUGAAGAGGACACGAAGACCAACAUUCUGUAUGUGCGGUACCACUUCGACAAGCUGUACAAAGAAGCAUCGACAGAGGCAACGAGGUUCCUCAUGCAAAUCUUCAAGAGGACACCUGAAAAACGACCUGCAGUUUCGGAAUGUCUUGAGAACAAGUGGAUGCUUCCAAGUGAAUUCAUGCUUCGAAAGCGCGAGAAUUCAGUCUUCCUGUCGCACAAGCUCCAAGAGUUCGCUGCCAAUUUCCACAUGAAGAAGAAGAAUGCCAGCACUGCCGAUAGGCUUUCGAAGCUGAUCGGUCUGCAGCUCUCAAGAUGCUUUUUAUCCAGCGCGGAAUCAAGUGGGGAUGCUUGAAUGAACACGAAGCGGAUUGGAACGCAAGAGUGGAGAGUCCUGUUUGUUUGAAAAAUUCAAAUGGCUGUUACAUGUUGAUUUUGUCAUUACACAUGCACAUGGGUUCCGGCUGAGCGCGUGCAGCCGGCCAUGUGGACGACGUCGUUUGUCGGGGUGCAUCAUGCUGACACUGCGCUCGGUUGCAAAUAUUUGUUAAAGCGCAGCUAGACAAGUGGCGGUAAAGGAAACCAGCCAUCCUUCACAUACUCGUCAGUUUUGUUGAGUUUUUGGAUUGUUGAAAAUAAAGAUAUUUAUAUGUGUA